AUGCCUGUCCUGGACUCGGUAUUGCCGGAAAACCGGGACAAUGUGUCUAAUCAAAUCCCAUCUCAACCCCCCUGGGCCACUAGAGACGAGAUUGACAGUGUAAGGGUUGUGGAUAGAAGCUGCACACUAGCGGCAUCGACCAGUGAAAGAUCUGGGCUCUUACCCGACGUCACAGAGCAUCCUUGGGCGCCCAGCCUAACCACGAAGCCUGUCAUCGAUUCUCCCCAGCAACCAGAGCAAACUGCGGCAGCGAUUCCCCAAUCAAGAUCUUUGGGCAAUGUCACAUUAUCUGUUCAGGAAAUUGACGAAUUAUUUACGAUUUACAUGAAGCAUUAUCACCCAUUCCUCCCAUUCUUAGACCCAAGCACCUCACCGCAUGAUUACUAUCAAUCGUCUCAGUUACUUUUCUGGGCCAUCAUUUCCGCGGCUUCACGACAGUUGGAAAGCCAGCCCACCCUCCUUCCGAAACUAGCAAGAAGCGUCACAGAUCUCUUAUGGCAGACUCUUCGAUCUAUUCCCCAUUCACAUUGUGUGGUACAAAGCCUGAUCAUUCUUUGCGCCUGGCCAUUUCCCACGAGUAGCAGCGCAGCUGACCCUACUUACGUGCUGGCCGGGAUGAUGGUGCUGCUAGGUUCGCAGAUGGGUCUCCAUCAACCUUUGAAUGCUCAGGACUUCGCCAAAGUUUCGUUGAAUCUGGGGCAAGAUGAGUACUCUACAUGGGUGAAGACAUGGAAGGCCUGUAAUAUCGUUGCCCACAGUGUUGGCGUGGGCUGUGGUCUCCCCACGGUAGCGCACUUACCCGACUGGUCUCUGAAAGUUGGGCCCGGGUAUAUGUUAUCCGCAGUUCACGACGCCAACCUAGACUCUCAUCUUCAGAUCGAACGGUUUCGGCACAGGGUAACACUGGCAUUCGAAUUAGACCCGGGAGGACUCAAAUCAAAGCAAGAAAGACUGGUGUUGUAUCGCCUGCUCAACUCCAGUUUUAGUGACCUCGAGCGCGAAAUGCUCAGCCCAUCAGCUCAACGUAAUAUCCUUCCCAUUCAACAUGGCCCCUUUUGGCUUGACCCGGAGACUGAUAGAAUGUAG